UUCGGAGUUCAACGUUCACGCACUUUUUCUAGUUUACAAAAUUUGUAACAAUGCUGAAAUAUAUUCUGUUGGCAGCCAUCAUUCCAGCUGUAAUGCUGCAGAAUGCGGACAAUAUUGAUCAUACCCAAUGGAAUCUAGUUGCAGCUAGACCUUGUGCAGGAGUCCGACCACUUCCGGCUAGUGUUCGCAUUGAGAAUUGUCCGCAGAUGCCUUGCCAGCUAGCUCGAGGAACCAAUGCCAACAUGGCCAUGGAAUUCACCGCAUUACAAGAUGCAACCAACCUUCGUACCACGGUGAUGGCGACUGCUUUAGGCAUUACUGGACCAUACGAGCUGCCGCCUGAUCGUGCCGCUGCUUGCAAUUGGCUUGUUCAAUCUCGCUGUCCGAUCUCAGCUGGUGAAGAUCUAGUUUACCACCUGAGCAUGCCGAUUACACCAAUCUACCCAUUAGUCAGUGUUACGAUUGAAAUUGAUGUUGUCGAUGAGACUGCUCAAUCUCACGGUUGUUUUGUUGUGGACGCUCGAGUUGUUGCGAAUUAAACCACUGAAAUUCAAAAACUUGAUUAUGGUGACUGAUAAAUAAGUAAAAUAAAGAGUAAAAAUAAGGUAACAAUAAACAGAC